AAGUGUUUCGCCAAUGCGAACAUAAUUUAUUAGACUCGUAAUAUUGGCAGGAACAAUGACGUUUCUAACCCCGACUUUAGUGUGUGGUGUUGGUUUGUUUUUGUGUUUUCACCUAUAUGAAGCAUCAUUGAGUCUCCAGUUUCAUGAAGAAAGAAAAGUCCAUGCAUCAAAAAGUUUAACUAGCUCAGAGCUUGUUCAAUUGUCAUCAUUGUACAAUGAUACUUAUUUCAGAGAUGCCCUCAAUCACAUUUUGGUACCAAGAGUUGUAGGGACACCUUCCCAUGAAAGAGUUAAAGAGUUUAUAGGAUCCGAGUUAGAAUCAUUGGGAUAUGAUGUGGAAUAUGAUGCUUUUGAUGAUAUAACGCCAAAUUUUGGAAAACUCAGCUUUACGAACAUCAUUGCAAAACUAGAUCCAAACGCUGCAAGAUUUUUGACUUUAUCUUGUCACUAUGAUUCCAAGUAUUUCAAGGAUUUUAAAUUCCUUGGGGCAACAGAUUCUGCAGUACCUUGUGCUAUGCUUAUGCAUCUGGCGAAAGUACUUACCCCAUUAAUUAGAAUUCAAAAUCCAAGAGUUAGCUUGAUGUUAAUAUUUUUUGAUGGAGAAGAAGCUUUCAAGACAUGGUCCAGUACAGAUAGUAUCUAUGGAUCUAGGCAUUUGGCAAAAAAGAUGGGCAGAAGUCCUUAUCCUAGGAAAGAUUCAGCUACUUCGGAACUUGAUCAAAUGGAUAUGUUAGUACUACUUGAUCUGAUGGGUACUAAGGAUACAAAAUUUUAUAGUUUUUUCCCAGAAACUGAACAAUGGCAUCGAAGUCUUGCUCAGAUAGAACAAAAAUUAAAGGCCUUAGGACAAGUAGCAAGUAAUCAACCUCUGCACUUUCUUGAAAAGUCUACCUUUGGCUACAUAGAGGAUGAUCACAUACCAUUUCUUCAGCAAGGUGUUCCCAUUCUGCAUUUGAUUCCACUUCAGUUCCCCUCUGUAUGGCACACCGAAAAAGAUGAUUAUCCUAGUUUGGAUUUUCCUACAAUAGAAACUCUUAAUAAAGUCAUUGCGGUAUUUACAUAUGCAUAUCUUCAUGGAAAUUUAGAUUUCUUACCAAAUUAAUUCUUUUCAUUUUGAAAAGAAAAUGAUUAUAUCUAUUUUUAGUUUAUUUUAUUCCUGUAAUAUUGAUUAUAAUAAUCAAAAGUGUAAAUUGAUACAAUUCAUUCCAUUAUGGAUGUAUUAUUCGACAUUCCUAAAAGGCUGUGCUAAUUGUCCAGAUGAAUAGAAAAUGUACUCUGUAAAGUGUAUUUUAUGACCACAUUCUGUUAAUUUGAAUAUGUUUCUGAUAAUUCAGUUUGGACCUGUCUAUGUAAUUUUAAAUAUAAUAGAAUAACUUGAUAUUCAAUUUCUCAUUAGAAUAUAAAAGUGAAAUAUGAGGUUAAUAGUGAACUGUUACCAGCUUUAAUUUUGUUGCCUUUAAAAAUUUUAAUAAUUGACCAUUGGUCUUUCACUGGUCUAAUAUUUGGAUUUAUUUUAAGAAACUGAUUACUCAAUUAUUUAUUGUUCUGCUGAAUUGAAUUAAAUUAAACCCUUGUUUUUCUUAACCCGUUGAGUGUAUUUAAAUUUUAUUUUAUAAAAUAUUUUUUCAAUUUAGUAUCCUAUUAAGUUAAGGUUAUGAGACUUAUGUAUCCCAUCCAAUGAAAAUCUUUCAUUUUAAUUCAUUAAAUUAUGUAUUUUAUGGUGUAGAAUUUAAAUUAAUUUUCAAAUAGAGUUAAGUAAAUGGUUGUGAGACUUAAGUCUAUAUUUAAGUUCUAUCUAAUUUACUAGCUGUAUAUCUGAUGAAAAUUUGUGUUUCAAUACAUUUAAUUAUGAUUAUAUAAUUUAUUGAGUAUUUUAAGAUAUUCAUCUUCUGAUAAUUUUUUUCUUAUAUUGUAAACAAAUAUUUGAGCUAUUAAUUACUGUUAUUGUAAGAAAUUAUGAGACCCACUUCCUGUUGAUAUUUAAGAAAUUUAAAAGUUACCAAAAAUUUGUUGAUUGUUUUUGACAUUAACUUAUUUAUUAUGUUAAAUGAUUUAUCUGCUACGCAUAAAAAAUAUAUUGUGUUUCCAUAGACAAAUUGUUUUUAUUUUAAAUUAAAUGUGCAAUAAUAUUUUAUGUUG